UCACUUCUGUUCAUAACAUGUCUGAGCCUGUUUUACCUAGAUAAAAGUGACGUCAUGCUCAGAAUAAAUUCCCAUUGGCUCAGAUGAAGGUUUGUUCAGCGUCACCUCUUGUUUUAUCCUCAUUUCAACUCUGAUUGUGGAGCAGGAAGGAUGAUCUCUGUUUCUCUCUUCAGACAAACACACAAAGCUUCACUCUGGUAAAUCUUCAGACGGUCACAAUGCAGAUCUUUGCUGCUCUGGUUCUCCUGGGAACAGCCCUGCAUGGCGCUGCACCAAUGACUCACUCUAUGAUGAAUUUCUACACUGGAUCGUCUCAAGUCCCAAACUUCCCAGAGUUUGUGUUUGUUGGUUUGGUUAAUGAGAUUGAGACAGAUCACUAUGAUAGUAACAGCAGGAAAUUAGAACCCAAACAGGAGUGGAUGAUCAGAGCCACAGAAGAUGAUCCUCAGUUCUGGAAGAGGGAGACUGAGAUUCGAUUUAAUAACCAGCAGGUCUUCAAAAACAACAUUGAAGUUGUAAAGCAGCGCUUCAACCAAACUGGAGGUGUCCACAUUUACCAGUGGAUGCAUGGCUGUGAAUGGGAUGAUGAGACUGAUGAGGUCAAAGGUUAUAAUCAGUACGCUUAUGAUGGAGAAGACUUCUUAUCAUUGGACCUGGAGACAGAGACAUGGGUCGCUCCACAACAACAGGCUGUCAUCACCAAACACAAGUGGGAUAAUAAUAAAGCUAAGAUGGCUCAGUACAAACACUACUUCACCCAGAUUUGUCCUGAGGAGCUGAAGAAGUUAGUGAAGUUCGGGAGGAGCUCUCUGCUGAGAAAAGACCUUCCCUCAGUGUCUCUCCUCCAGAAGACUCCCUCCUCUCCAGUCAGCUGCCACGCUACAGGUUUCUACCCUGACAGAGCCAUGAUGUUCUGGAGGAAAGAUGGAGAGGAGCUUCAUGAGGACGUGGACCUCGGAGAGAUCCUCCCCAACCACGAUGGAUCCUUCCAGAUGAGUGUUGACCUGGACCUCUCAUCAGUCAAACCUGAAGACUGGACCAGGUACGACUGUGUGUUUCAGCUGGUUGGUGUGAAGGAGCACAUCUUCACCAGACUGGAAGAAGAAAAGAUCAGGACCAACAGAGAGAAACCCACUGACAAGAACGGCAUCAACAUUCCUGCAGUCGUUCUUCCUCUCGUCCUCCUCCUCCUCGCUGUGAUUGGAUUCUUAGUUUACAGAAGAAGAAUAACAGGAAGAUGGUGUUAGAAGAUACUCUGGCAUUUGGCAGUUGUGACGACUAAAACAAUGUGUGUGCAGUUCUCUUAGAAACUGAAUUAUGGAAAAGACAACCCUGAAGGCCAAACACACAACCCUGCACAAAGUGGGCUGCUUCAGGAGACAUGAACUUUUCACACCUGCUGUUAAACAAAGACGCCUUCAACUUUGUGUAAAACAACCUUCUGUCAUUGUUUCUUAUUCAGCUUUUGUGACACAAUCUAGCUUUAAAGAACAUAUUUGACUUUAUACAGAUUUUCCAUAACAAAGUUGAGAUUUUAAUAAAAGUGUGAAGAGAAAGACACAGAUUCUUUCAGAAACCUUCACAUCAGCAGGUCAGAUAAUGUGUAAUAUUAAAAACUCAAAUAUAAACCUUAAGAAAAACAGUGACACCAAGUCACUGAAAUAGUGUUGAAAAAAAUCAAAAAUAAAUAAUUUGUUUAAAAAGCAUAUUAGCUAAAUGCUUACAAAAUGUUCACACUAGUUAAUGAAUCAUGGAUAUUUGAGGUCUAAAUGAAGCUGUAAAUAUGAGGCUUUGUGGAAUUUUACACUCCAAACCUCUAUGGUAAAUAAUUCAGAUUUUUAUAUAUAUAUUUUCUAUUUUCUCUUUAGGUUUAUGGACACAUUUUAUACUGUGGCUGUAGUGCACUAUGGGACAUUUAGCAGAUAUGGUUAAUAAAACAGUGGUCAUAAAUAUUAUUAAAAAUAUGUUGUGUAAAAAUCUGUGUAAUAUUAACAAAGGAUGGGUGGGGGGUAAACACACUUCCAUUAUUUAAGUUAAGUUAUAUAAAUGAAGUUUAUGUGAAAUGUCUGAUUCCCUGAUGAGAUUUAUGAAACAUUUUUGAUUUGACCUCUGCAGAAUUUCUCACAUAUGAGAACCAUGGACGACUUUGUGUUUCAUUCUGAAGUGAACAAUCAUUUCAUUUGCUUUGAAUUCUCAGAAAUCCUUCUUUUGCAAUCGAAAAUAUAAUGCAAAGAAAAGGCCAAAUGUCCAAACUUUUUUUUAUAUGAUUGACAUUUUCCUGGUUAACAGAUUCAGCAGAUGUGGUUUAACACAAACUGGUGGUGAGCAUAAAUAUUAGACACAAGCCUGAAGUGGAAGGUGAGCUUCUCAAGGGUUUUAAUAUUUAUAAUGUUCCACUUAAACAUGUUAAAUCCAGAAACCCUGUGACAACACUGGACAACAUGUGUAAGUUGUUGUGUGAUGCUGGUGUCUCUGUGUGUCCUGUCAUGUCCCGUACAACACUUCUAAACUCUGUCAUGUUGUGGAGAAGAUCUCUGAUCUGUUUCACAAGGUUUUAUGGAGAAGAAGCUCUUUUUCUUUAGUUUUAUUUGGUGAACUGGAUUCUGUUCUUCACUUAUAAAGUACACCAGUGUGUAAAUCAUCAUGUAAAGAUAUGGUGUGUAUAAUAUAUAAAGCUGUAAAAUAAAUGUUUCAUCUGGAUUUCUAGAAUGUUUUGUUUUCAUUUCUUUCAAAUAACUUUUCUACGUUCAUUGCUCUCAAAACUUCUUUUUAUGGUUCAUUUUUAAUUGUCAGCUUUUAUCAUGUGUCAAUAUAAUAUCAAGAUAAAAUUAAUUGUAAUGUUGACUUGUAAACUUUAUUUCAAUUUCUUCCAGAUAACCUUUUUUCUUAAAUUUAGCUUGUGUUUAUCAGACGUUUUAAUUAGUCAGUUUUUAUCACAUUAGUAAAAUAGAACACUGAAAGUUGUGAAACCUAAAGUGGGAAACUGUUUGUUUGAUUUUCUUUCAAAGCUUCUUUUUAUGACUCUUAUUUAUUUGUUUGAAUCUGGCUCAGAGUCUUUUCCUGCAAGUCUCCCCCUUUCACUCUGUAUCUCUCCCACUAUUAAAUAAAGCUGAAAAAUGGACAAAAAA